AUGGACUGCGAGAUGCUGCUCAGAAGAUUGCGAGCCUGUGCUGAGCGUGCCUCGAAGCCGCGCACUACAAAAUUGGCUCGAAUUUCAAAAACUACCAUGGAAUUGUUGGAAAGAAGAAGGACUUUGAGGUUUGAUCGCACAGCGAAGAAGAUUCUGGAAGCAGCACAAAGAAGAACGAGUCUAAAGAAGUGCCGCAGAGAUCUCCGCGAAUAUAAUAUUUCGCUAGCAGCCUUGCUGAGCGAAGACGGGACUCGCAUGUCUUCUCGUCGUGAGAUGGAAAUCAUUACGGAGAGGUUCUACUCGAAUCUUUUCCGUUCAUCAGCUCCUGUGUCAAGUCCGAUCAUCUCCACUGGUGAAGCUCUACCACGGAUUCUCCCUUCGGAAGUACGAGUCGCUAUCAAAAGCAUGAAACCCAGGACCCGAUUUUAUGUCAGCAGGCUUUCUUCGGGCUGCUGGCCAUCCACUUCAUGUAAUCUUAUCAACGCACAUGACAUCCUACCUUCGGAAAGAAAGGAUCCCAUACUAGUGGAAUAA